AAACUAGUGAAGCCACGUUUGCCGUUCGCCAUGGAUUUCUCUUGGUCGACUUGUUUUAUUUGUCUUCUCGCCAUUUUUCCAGAUUCCAUGGGAUCUAAGUAUCUCACGGUGAUCAAGUCACUCCCUGGGACCAUCUACUUCGGGACUCGGUCCGAACUGAUCGGCAAGUCCGUUACAGCGAACAAAGUCCAGAAUAACUUCUCCCCUCUCCUACGACCUCUCCAACAGGACCAGUUUAGCUUUGACAUGGAGUUGUGCGACCUGGUUGCGAUCUCCAGGGGAUCCUUUGUUGUCGCCGACAAAGACGAACCACAAUCAGGAGUGAUGUUUCAAUGUUUCAAACAACCAGAUGAUUCUUUAGUUAUAAGAGAAAUUAUCACCAUAAUGGCAACCAAUCUGAUGUACGAACAGAUGUUCCAGAACCAGGUUUCGAGGUCAUUCGGCUGAGUUACCAGUAUCUCGACCAUUCCACUUCUGAAAAAAUCUGAAUUAAUAUUCAUAAUAUGAAUGAAAUAAAAAACCUUGAAAUAAAUUUAGA